CAUGACAAAUUUUAAUUUCGCCCGCAAGCCAUGGCUCUGCAUGUGCAAAGCUAUCUCUCGCGUGUAUAUAUACAGCUCACGUAUGCAGCAAUCAGAUUCAGUUCACCAUAGUAGCUAAGCUAGCACAGGUUGCAACGAGCAGAGAGCUAGGCGAAAUCGAUCGGAAUUCGGAGAUGGCGCGCCGUGGCCAUGUGUUCGCCGUGGUGGCGUUCGUCAGCUACGCGCUGCUCGCCGCCGCCUCGACGACGGUGGAGGCGUUCGCGGCGUCGGGCUGGAGCAAGGGCACCGCCACCUUCUACGGCGGCAGCGACGCCUCCGGCACCAUGGGCGGUGCGUGCGGGUACGGCAACCUGUACACGCAAGGGUACGGGACGCGGACGGCGGCGCUGAGCACGGCGCUGUUCGACGACGGCGCGUCGUGCGGGCAGUGCUACGCGCUGACCUGCGACGCGAGGGCGGACCCGCGGUGGUGCCGCGCGGGGGCGUCGGUGACGGUGACGGCCACCAACUUCUGCCCGCCCAACUACGCGCUCCCCAGCGACGACGGCGGCUGGUGCAACCCGCCGCGGCCGCACUUCGACAUGGCGCAGCCGGCGUGGGAGCGGAUCGGCGUGUACCGGGGCGGCAUCGUGCCGGUGGCGUUCCGCCGCGUGCCGUGCCGGAGGCGCGGCGGCGUGCGGUUCACGGUGGCCGGGCGGGACUACUUCGAGCUGGUGCUGGUGACGAACGUGGCGGCGGCUGGGUCGGUGAGGUCGAUGGAGGUGAGGGGCAGCCGCCGUGGCGCCGGGUGGAUGGCCAUGUCGCGCAACUGGGGCGCCAACUGGCAGUCGCUGGCGUACCUCGACGGGCAGGGCCUCUCGUUCCGGGUCACCGCCACCGACGGCCAGACCAUCGUCUUCGCCGGCGUCGUGCCGCCGUCGUGGAGGUUCGGCCAGACGUUCGCGAGCACCCAGCAGUUCAUGUAGCUAGUCUCACUCUCGCUCGGGUUCCCUUUGGUUGGCACUUGGCAGUGGCGUUGUUUGCUAUACUUUGCUCUCUUCUGUUGGUGUUUAAUUAGCAGCCCGCCAACGAUUUGUGCUAUGUAAUCGUGUUAAUUUGACAGUUUUUGUGGUGUAUUGAGAAGACUUGUCCACGUAUCAAUCUAGCACAAAUUGCUUUGCAAA